AUGUCCAAUCCUUUGAAGCGACGGUUUGAUCCAGUCAGAGAGUUAGAUGAUGAAACCUUUUUCACAUCCAGUGUGGAGCCACAGCAACCGUAUGCGCAAGCAAUGCUUCUUGAUUAUGACGGAUUUCACGAUUCAAUGAGACAGAGUCAAUACCAUGGGCCAAGUUUCAUGAAUCCAUUGAGCGAUGUCCCGGUUAUCCAACAGGCGGACUCUUUACCAGAAAUGUACUUCAGCAACAUGCUAGUCGAUCCGAACCUUGGCCUGGGCUUCUUGGACGACCAGCUUACUGAUUGGAACAAUGAUGUGCUCUCGUCAGGUUCAGACUUGUCUCCAAUAGGGCCAAUUUCAUCCCAGGAGGAUUCUCACUCGCCGUCUGUGGCAUCUGAAGCAGUCCAACCAGGAAUUGAGGACGUUAUUCCAACAUUUAACACCGAAAUAGCCAUCACCGAAAUAGCCAACAACGAAGUGGCCAACAACGAAAUAGUAUGCUACGGAAUGCUACAUGACGUCGAUGUCAAACUACUUGGCGACAUGCAAAUUAUCUACUCUAAGCUGGACAAGAGGGACGCCGGGCUCGAGCGAUUCAAACUUGAAAAGCGCGAAAAUCAUGUUAUUCUACGUUUCAGCGACAGUGGCGAAGAAUUUGGCCAGGUGCGCUCCGGCGUUGGCACCACGCUUUCGUCGCUACUGGGCAAUCAGUUAUCCAAUGUCGAGUUUGAGCCAAUCAAGUCUAUAUCUUAUUUGAUGGAUAUCAUUGGACGCGCUAACCGGCCGUCUGAUGCUAUUGUGAAAGUUAACAUCAAUGUUUACGGGCUACAAUCGACUGCAAUGAAAGUUGGUGAUGAUUUGUCAUCCGGCAAGCUGUGGCUACAGAAGCCUGAUAACAUGAGAUGCGAGGCUAUAUACGAUAAUCCGCACUUCUUGCGGCUCAAGAUGAACGGUGUUCAACUUCAACCUAAGCAGCCUGUUUCACAAGCUAUCAAAGAGAACUCUUCCAGCAGGAGAAGAAGGGAAGCACGAUUGCGAAACAUGCUAGAAGAGGUAUACAAGUCCAUUAAUACGAGGGAGAUUGAAGCGGUAGACGGCGGAGACAGAGUGGUCCAAACGCUCAAACGCCAUCAAGAAGAAGCACUGGGUUUCAUGCUAGAGAGAGAGUCUGGUAUUAUCAACGACAGGUAUAGGCUCUGGGAGUCUAUACCCGUGGAAGGCGGGAAUACAGAAUAUCGUCAUAAAAUUACCAGAGCCAAGAUCAGGACCGGCAUACAGCCGAUCGAAAGAGGGGGUGGCAUUCUGGCCGAUGAGAUGGGUAUGGGCAAAACCUUGUCCAUGCUAACGCUGAUAAUGAAGACUCUUGACCAUGGGAAAGACUGGGCCGAGCAACAAGAAAACGGUGCCAAAGUCGAUGAGACGAUUAAGCGCUCGCGCUCAACACUUGUGAUUGUGCCCUCCGCUCUUCUUAUAUACAAUUGGAUGAAUGAGAUAGCAGAUUAUUUGGAACACGGUGUCAAAGUAAUCAAGUAUCACGGCUCUGAUCGACCAAAAGAUAUUGAGCAGAUUGCAGAUUCAGACAUCGUUGUGACUACAUAUAGUACCCUCACUGCUGAAUUCCAAAUCAAAUCGAAGCCAUCUCUCCUUCAUUGUGUCGACUGGUUUAGAGUCGUACUCGAUGAAGCGCAUAUCAUUCGGCGUCGGGCUACAGCAUUCUACCACGCUUGCGACGCAAUACACGCCAAUUCACGGUGGUGUCUCACAGGCACACCUAUUCAAAACAAGCUCGCCGACAUCGGUACUCUUUUCGCAUUCAUACGUGUUGAGCCUUUUACUAAGGCGGCUACCUUUCGGAAGUAUAUAGAGGUCCCUUUUGAGCAGAUUCCCGACAACGAGUCGCCGACAUUGGCCAAAGACCGCCUUGUUCUACUCUUUCAAGCAUUCUGUUUGCGUCGCACAAAAGAAAUCAUUGAUCUACCUCAAUUGCGUAAAACAGUGCGCAAACUGAGUUUCUCUGUGGAGGAACGCAAGCAAUACGAGAAUACGAUGAAGAUUCUGCGUCGCAUGAUCCUUCAUCGUGUUGGUGAAGCUGAGCAGAGCUCCAAAUUCGGAACCUUCCAGAUCAACUUACAAAUGCGUCUUUUGUGUAACCAUGGAACCUGGCAGCAACCUUUCUCUUGGCACCGACGCAGCUACCGAGAUGAACGCGAGGCCCUCAUCUCGGCCGUUGGCCAAAGCAGCGAGAUUACGUGUGCUGGCUGCCAAAUGCCAAUGCCAAUACUUGGGUCUAGCCGGUUAAACCAUAGCAUCUAUGAGCAAUGCGCUCAUGUCCUAUGCUCCGAUUGCAUCGACCAAUCGAAUACACCGAAUGAUGAAGGGCAAACCCAACAUUGCCCAGUGUGCAUACGAUGGCUGAGACAUGCAAUAGUUGAGAGCGGUGCAGUGAUAGACGACGACAGUGUUCCAAACUGCCCAUCGAAAGAUAAGGUCGGAGACGGUGAUGAUUAUUUUGAUUUCAAUAAAGUGGGCUAUUCAACAAAGAUGAAUGCGUUGAUUGAGGAUGUCCAAAAAGAUCUAUGGGAGUCCAAAAGUAUCAUAUUUUCAUGUUGGACUCGAACACUGCAGCUUCUUCGAAGAUAUCUUGACGAUGCUAAGAUUCCAUAUCUUGAUAUCGAUGGUAAUUGCUCGCUUAAAGAAAGAAAAGAUAGGCUCGUGCAGUUUAAGAAUGAUAAUAUGAAGCCAGUACUCAUCAUGACAACUGGAACUGGCGGUUUUGGGUUAAACAUAACUUGUGCGAAUCGCAUCUUCAUCGUCGAGUUGCAAUGGAACCCUGCUGUAGAGAGUCAAGCCAUCGCGCGCGCAAUUCGACUUGGACAGGAGAAAAAUGUACACGUGACGCGCUACAUGAUCAAAGAUACAGUUGAAGAGGAAAUGGGAUCCCAGCAGAAGUCCAAGAAUCAGCUUGCCAGCCUAGUAGAUGCAGGAGAUGACAUGGAUUGGCAUGAAUAA